AUGUUAGAUGCUAGUGACUACUUGGAUCCUUUUCUGCAUUACGAAGGAUGGGGCAACGCCAGCGAUGUAAUGGGAUUUAGAUCGGUCCUGAAGCUGACGCCAUCUCAUCCUCGAAAUCCAAAUUUUAAAUAUAUCUGCGAAAAAAUAAAGUCAUCGUCCGCCAAACCGCCCUUCUGCGUUCCCUAUCACCAUAAAAUAUUUGACAGCAUUUCGGUACCAAUUCAAGCGGCCUAUUUGUACGAUGCUGUCAUGAUUUAUGCCAGGGCUCUUACAGAGGUAUUCAAGAAUAACGAGGAUCCCAGGAACGGUACUGCCAUCCUGCAUAGAAUUAUUAACAGAUCGUACCAUUCCAUUCAAGGAUACGACGUUUUCAUCGACGAUAAUGGCGAUGCAGAGGGAAAUUUUACGGUAGUGGCACUUCUCGACGACAAAGAGAUGAAUGGCACAAUCAGAAUGAGUAUGCAACCAGUUGGAUAUUUCCAGUACAAAUCGAACGGAAGUAACAAAAUGUCAGCCCUUCCGGAGUUCAAAUAUUUUGAUCUUGACCGUCCUAUCCAAUGGGUUGGUGGAAAGUUACCAAGAGCAGAGCCAAAGUGUGGGUUUUAUGGUGAAAAAUGUAUCUACAGAAUUGAUUGGAAACUGGUGGCUAGCAUGGUUUUGGUAUCAACUAUCGUCCUAGUUGGAAUCCUGUUUGCAGUAAGGCAUUAUCGAUACGAACAAAAACUGGCGUGUUUACUUUGGAAGAUUGACAUGAAAGACGUUACCAUAAUCCCGACGGAAACAACCGAAAUCGAAAGUCAAAAUAUGAAAAUGGUAUGUUUUUUAUUAAUAGAAAUAUUAUAUUUAUAUAACAAUUUUAUAGAAAAUUUUAUUUUUAUAUCAAGAUUAAAAAUGGCAAGAAGAGCGCAACGUAUUUUGGACAUGAUACCACCAAUAAAUGACCCUCGAGAUGAACAGCAAUCUUCUUCAACAAUACAACCUAGUAAACUGGAUUCAAUUGACAUUCAGACUGACAAUAUUAUUUAUCGGGAAUAUGAUGCUAAUGACAUUAGCUCUCUACCGGACAUCAUUAAAGAAACAGACUCAGACAGUGAUUCUUCCUCUGGUGAAUCUUCUAGCUCUUCGAGCAGUUCCAGUUCUAGUUUUUCAAGUAGCUCCAGUUCUACAAAUAACCUAAAAGAUUUCUCAUCCGAUGAUAGUGUCAAAGAUCCUACGUAUGAAGAUCCAUUUUCUGAAAACCGCAAAGCCCAGUCAGAUUCCGAUGAAGAACAACAACUACAAGCACAGUUACCUGGCAUUCAAGACUUUCCGCAAUCAGCCGUGGAUAACCAGAAGUUACUUAAUAUUAAUUCACCAUCACCAGGAGUUGACGAUCAGCCACCUAGCGUUGACGAGCACCUAUCUAGCAUCGGUGAGCAGUCUCCUAGUGUUGAUGAUGAAUCGCGCAGUGGGUGUCGUAAAAGAAAAGCAUAA